GAACAAAUAUUGUUAACAAUGAAGAAGUCGCUAUUAAACUUGAAUCUACAAAGGCAAAACACCCACAACUAGAGUAUGAGGCAAAAGUUUAUAGAACAUUGGCUGGUGGUGUGGGUAUUCCUUUCGUCCGCUGGUACGGCACCGAAUGCGAUUACAACGCGAUGGUAAUCGAUUUGCUAGGUCCGUCCUUGGAGGAUUUGUUUAAUUUCUGUAAUCGAAAAUUUUCAUUGAAAACAGUACUGUUAUUGGCCGAUCAACUGGAAAAGGAAGCGAACAAAAUACAUCCACCACUGCCGACUCCGGAUGAUGCUAAUGGCGUUGAACAAAAUGAAGAUGAUCCCAAAAAUCAGAAACGUGUCGCCGUAACCCGACAGGCCAAUCCCUCUGGGAACUUCAUCAACGAUCCCUCAUCCUCACGCCGGUCCGCAAGUAAACCAGGUGGCCCCACCAUCGGUUCUGUGCGUGCCCCCGUAUCGUCACCCCAACAACCAAUUGCUAGUAGUUCUUCACGGCUAACACAGGUUCCGAGACGCAAGGGACAAGAUAAUAGUUCUCCAGCUGUAGAAAAUACUCGAACCAUUCCUUCAGACAGACUACUUCGAAGCCAAACCAAGAAUAAUCCAGCGGUAAAUUAUGCUGCUGGUUCAUACCGAGGAGUCAAGAGGGACGAUCCAACCGGUGGAAGUCCGUGGUACUAG